AUGUGUGACAUAGUCGAUCCGUACGAACCGUCACCUCAUGAAAUUACUCGUUCUAAUUGGCGAGAAUUUCGUGGUAACAAACAAUAUUGUAAAGCCUAUAAAGAUUUCUUCGAGCAAGAACUGACUGCAAGUGGAGACAAUUGGAGAAAGAAAUUUCUGGAUUUAUUGUUAGAAGAUAAAGCGGAACCGAUGAUCAACAGUGUCGUUUGUGGUUUGUUACAUCCUUUGAUACAUAUUGGCUAUGCAUUCGAAUUAGAUAGUUCAAUAGUAGCUAUUGAAGCGUUGACACAAACUGCUGUGUGUGAUACUCUACUCCACAAAGUGAUCGAUCACUUGAAACCACCUAAAUUGGGUUCAAAAUCGGUCAUAGAAGUGUUUCAAGAUAUUCAUUCAGAUGAUCGAUUAUCGAUUGAUGAUACAACACCAAUAUUCGAUAAAAUAAAACUGGUUGUAGAAAAUCUGAACGAUCUUGUCCUAUAUCAUUAUGAUCAAUGGAAGAUUAAUGAAAACAAUCUUGAAAAAACAAUUGAGGAUAUGUUCGAUUUUAGUGUUUAUAUUUAUGGUGCUACCCACAAAUCCGAUAAGGCUCGAUUCGAUUUCUUGUUCCUUCAUUUGCUCACUGGAAUGCACGCCAUUCGUGUGAUAUAUCCACAUUUCGACGAUCAAAAAGUGGCCGAACACAUUCUUCUCCAAUUUUUCUAUUUUGCUUGUGUUCUCUACAUUGCUAAUGCUCGACCAAAAAUUAAUAAAAAACUAAUCGAUGAUUAUGAAGUUGACAAUAGCAAAAACAAUUGGGACUAUGUAAUCGAUCGAACAUUAAAUUCAAGUUUAGCUGAAAUUAUGCAUUUGGUGAAAGUUGUGCAUUCGUUGAGAGCUGCAGAAGCUGCUUAUGGUGUCAAAAAUGGACUUUAUUUGAAAACGGCUGUGAAAACUGUAGACAAUCUUAAUGUGGAUGAUCCAUGGGUUGGAGCGUCAGACAAUCCUCAACAUUUGAUAUCACUUAAAAAUCAAUAG